AUCGAUAUGGAAAUCCGUAUACAAAAUAAGUGUAUUUCAGCAUAGCGGAUCACUCUGGAGGGACCGGAACCCCCCUGGAUGCAAGGCCCCCUCAAGGUGGCAUUCCUGGGGGCCUCCGGCGUUGGACGUACCAGCAUAUUGCAGCAAUUUUUCAAGCAUGACUUCCCGAAAAGUCACGUCCGCACCAGCCGGCGCACGGUGUACCGCAGCUGUCUGGUGUGCGACACCUGCAUCCGUGAGCUGAUGGUGAUCGAUGUGCCGCCGCAGAGGCGCUUUCCGGUCGACAAUCUCGCCGAGUGGAACAACGGGCACCCGCUGGGGCUGCGAACUGUGCACACCUACGUGCUGGUGUACGACAUGGGCAAUCUCGAAACGUUCCAGUACUGUCGCAGCAUGCGUGAUCAAAUACUAGAGAGCUUCUGUCAUCGUGAUUUCAAAAUUAUGGUUGUGGGCAACAAAGUCGAUCUGGUAUCGGAAACUAUUCCACACACUCAGGAAUUAAAGGACAUUUCCACUUUGGUUAGGAAACACUGGCGCUGUGGCUAUGUCGAAUGUUCCGCGAAGUACAACUACAAAAUCGGUGACAUUUUCAAAGAACUGAUGGGUUAUCCGGUGGGUGGAACAGCUGCUAAGCUAGAAUUUUCCCAGUCGAUUAGAAGCAAAAACAAAUGCACAAUUCUCUAG